CUCCAGCUUCAUCUUCGACGUCCAACCCACCGCGUCCUCGCACCACUUAAUUGCUGCCUUGCACGCCACACAGCUUCAAUUGGCACUCGUACUGCAGCAGUCGCGCAAUCGCGCCAAGUCGGCAACAUCUUCAUUUCCUACCGGCCGCCAAACCACCACAGGAAAGCCAGCUGAUCAGUAGUACUACGCAUUCACGCGAGAUGGCUACCUUGGGGCUCGACGAGGAUGAGCUCAAGAUCGUCGAGCACAUGCUCUCGAGAGUGUCGCAACUCUCGAGCAGCAUACAGAGCUUAAAGAUGGACAUUCUCAAGAGCAACCCGCUCCCACCUCCCUCCUCGCUCCAGGCCUCAGCCCAGAUCCUCCAGCGGAACCUGCAGAGCGUACUGGACAGCUUGAGCGAAAAUUCAGAGCUGUUCUCCCGCAUGGCCAUCCACCCGUCGACUAACUACCCGGGACGGUCGCAGGAGAACAUCCUGACGCAGCUGCUGCGCAAAAAACUCGAGCCUGACGUGGAGGAGCUCGUGGCUCAGGGCGCCGAGACGGCCCGUUUGGCCACUCCCGAGGGCAUCGCCGACUUACAGGGCAUAUGGGACGAGCUGCGCGAGUGGACGCACGGCCGCAUCGCCGAGUACGUGCGCGACGAGGCCGGCGACGUCUACACCAAGGAGGAGCGGGAAAUGGGUAUCGACAACGUGCGCACCGGCUUGCGCCGAGCACUGGACGACGACGAGAGCGACGACGAGGCCGAGGAAGAAGGGGACGACAUCAUGGACCAGGAUGGCGACGGCGAUGCCGCCAAGGCCAAGAAUCAGCCGCCGCGCGGCCCUGAGCCCGAAACAAUCCUGUGGUUCAUGAACAGGGGCGACUUUGACCUCCCCCCCAACGUCGAAUACGGCAGAAAGGGGGACAUUUAUAGAGGCCUGCAAGGCGUCAACAUCCCACUGGGGACAGCGGAAGGCGCCGGUCCGGCAUAGGCAGUUGGAGCGACGCCGCCGCCCUGGAGCUCAAACAUCAGGGCCAAACCCGGCACACAGAGCAGAAUCUACAUAAAAGUGGCGGAGGUGGAAGAAGACGAAUACUCCGAAUCCGAGCCCCCGCCGCCACCGAAACCGAAGAAGUCGCGGACCGGUAUGCCGAAGUCGGUCAGCACGUAGUGCAAAAGUCAAGCACCAGAAGUGAGCAAGGAAGCAGACAGAUGCUUCGAAUAUGGGCUCGCACCGUCUAUACCGCGAUGAGAUGUUCAUACAUUCACGUUGCCGGUCAAUGCAAAUCGCAUGGCUUGCCACCAUAAGCAAAAUGGCGCCAUCUUGACGCCCCACGAAGACUGCCACAAGAUAACUCACAGAACCCUGCCACCCUCUGAGAACAAACAAGAAGUUAUGUAUCGAGUUCCCGGAACGACUAGCCAGCCGUAGUGGCAAGACGAAACCGAAUCGUCAGGAUGGGUCUCUCCGGUCAAAUAUUCGACACUUCACGAUGCUAGCCGUGGUGAAACCAGUUGAUACGUGUAUCAAUAUCUAUACGACUGCGGCACUGCGAUCACGGAAACUUGAGCGAAUAGGUUUCACGGCGGGAGGCGGCCGAUUGUCGUUUUUUUAGGGAGGCUAUGCAGUGCAUGGGGAAGAUCGUAGUCACCAUCGUCAGCUCCGUGGGCGUGGCUGUCUUAAGCCCUACGAUACUGGAUCCACCAGAGUAGUUGCAAUGGAGCGAUGAACCUUCCACCAUGUCUUUUCCCUGGCCAGAUUCGAAUUCCAAAGCUGUGGGUUAGCGCUGACGAUGCGUGGUAAGAUGCUGGCCCGAUCGGGUCUGGAUGGCUGAUGGUGGCGUUAAGCGUUGCGCCCGACCUCAUGAUGACCUGAGGCACCAGCAAUGGCC